AUGGUUCGGCUGGACAUCCACACGCACGUCGGCGAAAUGUUUGGUUUCCAACCACCCACUCCUGAAAUGGCUGAAAUCGUAAUUGGUCAGAUUCAGUCCGCCGGGCUGGAUGGGAUCGCAGUUACGGAUCAUUGGCGACGCGACUGGGGGCUGGCGUUGCACCGGGUGGUGGAACGCGAAUUCCCGAAUCAGGUGAUCAUCAUCCCGGGUCAGGAGAUCGACGUGCGCCCCGCCUCGAGUCCGUUCGACGAGUACCAUUGCACCGAGUUGUACCUGCCGGGCGGGCGUUUGGUCAGAACCUAUUGCCAUCCGGGUUACUACACCCCGAACAUCAUCAUCGAAGAAGGAAUCCAUGGGAUCGAGGUGACGAAUCACCAUCAUGACUGGCACAUCCGACGACCGCUCGUAGAACGCGUCGCUGAGACUCACGAUCUGUUGUCGUUCAACGUCAGUGACGCCAACAUACUCCACGAGAUUGGAGCCGGGAGCACGGAAGUAGAUCUCGAUGAAAUGAUGCGUCGGGCAAUCCCGCUCGACUGA